UGAUAAUGUCAUAAUAUUACACGAAAUGAGUAUAAAUUGCGUAUAAAAUUAGCAGAAGGUGGUAGUGCUGAAUAUACUAAAAAUGCGUCUGACGCUUGUUCUCGCAGCAUUAGCUGUAGCGGUGGUGGCACUGCCCUCCAAACUUCGAACGGAUCUACCAGAGCCAGGACAACUGGCUUUUGUUCUUAACGAAGAUGAGUUUGAAGACUACCUCGAUGCCUAUCUCGCUCUUCAACAAUCUGAAAUGCUCGCCAAUCAAACCAGGAAUGAUUUCCGAAGCGGUUGCACAUUCCGAGUCAACGGUGAUCUUGGUCAGCCUCAACCUGUAUAUAUCCACAGAGGAAAUUAUUUAAGUCCAACUGGUAAUACAGGUCAGAUUCGUCUUAAUCGUGGGGAACAAGUUCUUAUCGCUUGCACAGGAUCCGGCCGUACGAUCCGUCACCCCAAUGUUGCUUCUAACCUUGCUGUCGGGACGGUCAGCUGUCAAAACAAUAAUCUCGUCACAGCCAAUUGGCUGCGUGGUAACAGUGCUUUCGGGCAACUCACAUGCUCUUCUCACGCUCACCAUGACGCUCAACAAACCAACACUAGAUGCUUCAAUAAUCACUUUGUUAUUCGUGUGGGAUUCAUCGUCAACAAUGUAUUUUAUCCUCUAUAUUGGUCCUGCUUUGACCGCAACCGCUUAGAGGUUCUAUAUGUAUGGUACCACCAAAACCCACCUAAUUCCGUAUUCCAGUCUCGCGUUGAUAGGCCUAGUUGGAUAGCUGGAAACUUCUUCCCCGGUGUAGCUGUUAACUCUGCCUAUACUCAAGUAUCUCAAAGAAACAUGAUCGCUGGAUUCGUGGGUAAUGCCCUCGCAGACAGAUAUGUAACGUCCACGCAGUUCUUAGCACGGGGUCAUCUUGCUGCUAAGACUGACUUUAUAUAUGCAACCGGUCAACGUGCUAGCUUCUACUUUAUUAACGCUGCUCCUCAAUGGCAGCCUUUCAACGCUGGAAACUGGAACCGGCUCGAGCAGAAUCUUCGUCGUAGAAUUGGACAGGCUGGAUAUCAUACCAUGGUCUACACUGGAACAUUCCGCGUAACACAACUUAGAAAUCAAAACAACCGACUUGUUGAUAUUUUCUUGCAUCGUGCAUCCAACGGCGCUCUUCAAAUUCCUGUACCACUUUAUUUCUACAAGGUGGUGCAUGACUCCUCUCGUCGCCUCGGUACCGCCUUUAUCAGUAUCAACAAUCCUUACUACACCCAAGCGGAGGCUCGCAAUCUGCAGUUCUGCACAGACCGUUGCCGCAAUAACAACGCAUUCAACUGGGUGGGGUGGCAACCUGAUCGCAUCGACCUCGGCUAUAGCUUCUGCUGUACCAUUGCUGAUUUCCGAAGAACUAUUCCGCACCUUCCAGCUUUCAAUGUUAACGGACUUCUGACAAUAAAAAUGGCGCUAUUUAUUUUUCUGAUAAUCACCUAUACAGUGACAGUUAUUUCCUGGCACAUAGAACUUCCGGAGCCAAGCCGUUUCGCAUUUGAUCUCAAUGAAGACGAUUUUGAAGACUAUCUGGACUCGUGGUUAGAAAUAGAAGAAAGAAAGUGGCAAAUUAAUGACAGGGCUACUCCUGCAACAGGCUGCGCAUUUAAAGUCAAUGGGGAUCUAGGCGAACCCCAGCCGGUGUAUCUACGAGGUAGCAAUUACAUAAUUCCAACAGGAACAACAGGUCAGAUCCAUCUGAGUGUUGGAGAACAAAUAUUUGUCACAUGUACAGGGACUAAAAGAGUUAUUCAACAUCCUAACGUUACUUCGUCAACUAGCUCUGGUCUCGCCACUUGCGUCAGCAAUACGCUAGUUUCUGGUAACGACUGGUUCCAUGGCCACAGUGAAUUUAGAAACAUCACAUGCUCAGGUCAUUCACGGUAUGAAGCUCAGGCUACAUCAGAAACAUGCUAUGGAAAUAAUACUGUUAUCAGGGUCGGUUUCGUUAUAAACAAUUUUUUCUAUCCAUUGUACUGGUCAUGCUUUGACCAGAACCGCCUGGAGGUUUUAUAUGCGUGGUACGAGCAGAAUCCCCCCAAUGCAGUUCACCAAACAGGAGUUACCAGACCUAGCUGGUUAGCUGGAGGUUUUUUCCCUGGGGUCUCCGUCAAUACAAUGUACACGCAAGCUCAACAAAAAACUAUACUAGCGUCCCUCGUGGGUACAGAACUUGCUGGCAAAUACAUUACAAAUUCACAACAUAUGGCCCGUGGCCACCUCGCCGCGAAAACUGACUUCAUUUUUGCUACUGGUCAGCGAGCCACGUUUUUUUUCAUCAAUGCCGCCCCUCAGUGGCAACCAUUUAAUGCGGGUAACUGGAACUCGCUUGAACAGAAACUCCGUGCACGCAUUGGUGAAGCAGGAUAUAAUACUACUGUUUACACGGGAACCUUCGGCGUAACCCAACUACGGGACCAAAAUGGCCAACUUGUUGAUAUUUACCUUUACCGGGACACUAACAAUAACCCUCAGAUACCUGUUCCGUUGUACUUUUACAAAGUUGUGUAUGAGCCUGUCCUACAAAAGGGCACAGCUUUUGUGGCGAUAAACAACCCGUACUACACUGAAACUGAAGUACGCGCCUUGCAAUUCUGCACUGACCACUGCCGCAACAACACCGCGUUCAACUGGAUUGGCUGGCAACCAGAUCGAAUCGACAUCGGGUACAGCUUCUGCUGUACCAUCGAAGACUUUAGACGGGCUGUGCCGCAUUUGCCAGACUUUAAUGUUACCGGGCUUUUGUACUGACAUUUUAAAGUUUUCAAAUCACAAAAAAAUCAAAGCGCACCUACCUACUUCGUUUCUCUUGUAAAUACGAGUAAUAAAUUUCAUAACCUUACCUACUAUUUCUGUACUAUGUCGGCACGUAUGAGUCCUCUGCGAUUCGUUUGACAGACUUAUUUGGUACAUCGCUGUCGUUUGCACAGUUUUAUCGUAAUGCGUGGACGGUGUCGAAGAUCUAUCGUUCAGUUCACGAAAAGAAUUUUAACUAAAUUAAUUUAUAUGAAAGCAUGAAUAUUGUUUUAGGCGCCAGUUCUGAGAUCAAAUACUACGUCAGAUUGUUUUUCUUUCAGUACAUAAUCGAAAAUGCAAGUGCGUUUUCAUUCUUUUUUGUUAUUCCUGUUGUCAUGUUAGACCCGGACGUUUAGGAUGUUAUGUCAUAUGAAGAUAUCACUAGUUAAAGCGCGCGGUUAUCAUUCCUAGUAACAACUAGUUAUUUUGUUUGUUUGUGUGUGUAGUUAUUUUUUGUAUUAUUUUAUAUUUUAGAAUUUUGUUACGACGUAACAGGGAUUUAAAAAUGUAUUAGUAAUUUUACAAUAGCUUUGCCCGGGGCUUUAUAGGCAGAAAUAACCCUAUUUUUAACCGACUUCCAAAAGCUUAUCAAUCCGUCUCGUUUUUUUUGAUUUGUUGUCGAGUUUUUAUAGCUAAUUUGCUUUUCCCGUGUGGUGACGAAUAUCGAAGUUAUACAGGUAUUUAUAUUAUUAAGGUUUUGCUUUUAAGGUUUGCUUUAAGCUUUAUAGUAUUAAGAUUUUAGACGAUUUUCAUUGAUUCCUCUGGUGUCAGGGAAACCAUUUGAACAAUAUACCUAAACUUAUUUCUAAUUAUUAUGCUUAUAAGAGAAUCUUACAGCUACUUUAAACAAUAACAACGAGACAUAUAAACGAUUCCUUAAUAUGUUAUCUUUUUAUACGAGUAUUGAUCAAUGUCCAAGACAAAAAAAACAGGGUGAUCGGGGGUGUGAGAUUUCUUCUCCUAAUGUGGGAGAAAUUACGGGUUAAAUUUCCCCUUUGAAAGAGCACCCUUGUGCUUGGUUGAUGUCUAUGCGCCAUUUACGGAAUCACUGUCUAAGGGUCACAGCUGCGCUCUGGAGUUUCCUCGCGAUUAAGAAAUUGUUUCUACUCGAGUAGUAAACGGUCGUGUCGUCAGCAAAUAAGGCUAAUUGGGUCGGCGGCGACUGGGAAAUGUCGUUAAUAAACAAACUAAAGAGCGGAGAGAGGACGGAGCCUUGUGGAAGUCCGGCCGUGAGAGGCCGCGAGGAGGAGCGAGUUCGCCCGACUCGAUAUCGAAAAAAGCGGUUCGACAAGAAGUCCCGUAUUAUGGGCACGAGACUGCCUAUGUUGAAUAGUUUGAAAAUCAAACCUUUGUGCCUUCGUCGAACGCUUUUGCGACGUCGAAGAAGAGAGCUCCCAUGUAGAGCGAUUUUGGUCAGUUAAGCCCCACGAUCUAAUCCGCUCCGGGCGGUGCACCUAUGAGUGAUUUGCGCGGAAUCUGAAUUGUUCAUCAAUGAGAAUGCCGUUGGAUGAGAUGAAGUCUCUAAGGCCUUUGUAGAGCAGACGCUCGUACAGUUUGUCUAGAAACAUGAGGGGCUAAUUAGGUGGUCGCUCGUCGGAUGGUUUUGGGUUUACCGGGUAUAUGUAUGCCGGGUUUAUGUAUGGAUACAGUUCGUCAUAGCGGAAUUGAAAAUAGAUGCCCACAUUACGAAGAGUUUGGCGGGUAGAAGCUUAAUAAUGUGGUUAUAUAUACUUACCAUCUAAGCCGGUAGCCUUGCGAGGACGUAGGUCUUUGAUUAGGUCUUUAAGUUCGAUAGGGGUGACGGGUGGUAACGCGUCCAAGGGCGGCCAGCCUUGUAUACUCGUUUUAUCGCACUCUCUAUCUCUUUUAACACUGUCAUUAUAAAUUAAGUUCUCGUAGGCUAAAGAAGAUGCCUGUUGUACUAGUAUCGAACGAGACCACUAUCCUAGUGUUCAAAUCCCGCAAGCAGGUGUCAAUUUUUGUUAUGAAAUAUGUACUUUACAUAAGUUCAGAAAUGAUGUCCACGGUAAAUAAAACCUGUAAAAAUUGUAAUUACUGUAACAGUAAUUACGGAACUUAAUGUAAAUCGUGGAGUCGUGGAGCAUGUUGUACAAGUAGGUAGUUUAUUGAGACUUCCUUGUACUUAUUACUAUAAACUCGUAAUGCUGUGCGAGGGUGUUAGUUAUUUAAAUAUGAAUGCGGAAGUCCGGCGGUUUCCUCCUGAAAAAAAAAAAAUAAUAAUUAUGAAUUUUAUUUAAGUAGUUAUCCAUUAAUAGCUAUGUCGCACCUAUAGAAAUGAAGUGCCUUAAUCCAAAAUAGGUAUUUAUUUUUUGCUAAACGCCAAAAAUGUAAUUAAAGCAUAGUAUUUUUUUUAGUUUUUCAAUUCUAGUACCUACUUUGGUAGGUAAGCGCUUGAUUUACGGCCGUUUUCAAUAACCUAUCUAUCCCUAGUUUCGGUUACUAAAGAUAGACAAAUCUAUAUUUUUGUCCUUACUUACGUUCCAAUAACCUAUCGACGGGCAGCAGUUCCUAUCGGAUUUAUCUAUCCAUCGUCGGGAGGACGGAUAGCCUGCUAAAGAUAGAACGUUCAUACAAAUCGUGCUUACUUCCGUUUCAAUAUGAGUUUUAAGUAACUCUCCGGUAGGCGGCGCUAUCUCUAGUAUGGGCAUUCGCUUAUCUGUCAAAAUCGGCCGGUUACAUGUUUAUCUUUCGAAAGUAAAUCGCUAUAAUUUAAUAAUUGUUUCUCUUCAUAUUGGCAUAUUGUAGCAGUGAUGAUAGUGAUAUGGAAUUAUUUCAAAUGAUAAUGGAUUGUGAUGCAGAUAGUGAUAGUGAGGCCGAUAUCAUAUGGUUAGGAAAAUAAAGAUCGUCUGAAUUACAUGGCGAAGAUCAAUAAUUACGAAUUUGACUAUAGAUUUCUGAGCAAAGGUGUUGUGAAUGAAUUGAUUAAUUUAAUGAGACCAUAUUUGAGUGUAACGUCAAAAAGAUUCAAAUAUAGGAGAGGAAUUUAGAAAUAGAAAAAGAGUAUUUUGAAUGUGCAAUUUGUGUGCAAUGCAUCAUUGAUGUUUCAAAAUGUUGUUGCUUGAUGGCCUGGGUCUACUCAUGAUACAACUAUAAUUAACCAUUCCGAUUGAAAAGAUGCAUUGGUAUUUGUAAAAGAAGACUCCCUGUAUAUCAUUGAAAAGUAGAUUAAAACUAGAAAAUAUGCAAGCUGUUAUUAUAGCUGCCAUGCUGCAUAAUAUCGUCAGAAGUAUGAAUUUAGAAGAAUUAGAAUUAGAAAUUUCAGUCGCAGAUACAUUACAGGAAAAUAAUAUAAUUGUUCGUAACAAUUUUUCAAAACUUACAUCUGAAAUACAACUAUGUACUUAUAAAUAAUUGCUUCCAAAGAUAAUUUAUAAAAUAAACUCCAAAGAUAA